AUGACCGGCGAGGCAUUCUCCCUGGAGUCACUGGUCCUCCCGAGAGGGAUCAAGGCCCUGCCCCUUUUUCCAGACGCGCCCAGCGCGCCUGCCGGCGAUUCUCCGGCUGGGGGGUCCGGCCCCCAGCCAGCUCCAUCCUCCCCUGCUAGGAAGUCGGCGACAACACCAGCAGGGGCUCCGCCCGCACCAGCACCGGUAGAGUCUGGACCCGGAGGUCCGGAGCCGGAGGCCACACCCCCAAGGCCCGAAGCCUCACCUCAGGAGGAAGCUGCCCGACCUGCUGCGACGGCCGGGGCACCAGCGGCGGCGGCGCCGGGCGCCACGGCGGAGGCCUCUCCAGCAGAGCUAGCAGCAGAGGAGGCUGCGGCGGCGGCAGGGGCAGCAGCGCCGGAGGUCGCCAGCACCACCACACCACCCGCGCAGCAGGAGGAGGAGCCGGAGGUGUUGUACGGGAGGCACCUUCUUCUGAGCCCAGCGGACGUCCCUCUCCCCCGCCUCCUGGCCAAAGGCCAGCAGGCACUGGAGGAGAUGGAGGCGGGCUUCCGCCGGGAGGGGGAGAAGUUGGAGGCGGAGCGCCUCCGACUCUCCAACUGGGAGCGCCGCUUGGGGGACCGCAUUAAGACAGUCUCCGCCCGCUACGCCGGGGAGGCGUCCAGCUCGCGCAGGAGCGCGAUGACCUGCAGGAGUAGCUGCAGAAGGUCCUCGAGUGGGAGGCGGCGGCUGCCCAGCGGGAGAGAGCGGCCGUCCGGCGGGAGGCAAAGGCUCUGGAGCGGGAGCUCACGGCGGAGGACAGGUCGAGGGUCGCCCUCGAGCUGA